AUGUCUACGGUUGAGAGGCUGGACAGGCCUAGUACAUACUACUCUGCAAGGAAGAAGCGGAAGUAUGGGCGCGAUCAGCCUGAAGACGGUGACAAGCCAGCAGAACAAGAAGACCUGCUGACAGAGGCGACCACGCUCUAUGUCGGGAAUCUGUCGUUCUACACCACCGAGGAGCAGAUCCAUGAGCUAUUCUCCAAAUGCGGCGAAAUCAAACGACUUAUCAUGGGCCUAGACCGUUUCCAAAAGACGCCGUGCGGCUUUUGCUUUGUGGAAUACUACACCCAUCAAGAGGCCUUGGAUUGCAUGAAAUACAUAGGCGGCACCAAGCUCGAUGAACGUGUCAUACGCACUGACCUCGAUGCUGGGUUCCAAGAGGGCAGACAGUACGGCCGCGGCAAAUCGGGCGGACAGGUCAGAGAUGAAUACCGAGACGAGUUCGACCCCGGAAGAGGAGGCUACGGUCGAGCGAUUGAUGCAGAGAGGAAAAAGGAGGAGGAAGAAUAUGGUGGGGGCAGAUGA